GAGAAACUUUGGUUCUUUUUGGUUUUUGAAAUCUUGUCUAAUCUGGUGAGAUAGAAUGGGAAUGAGUCUCGAUUUCGAUGUUGAUCUUGAGAAAGGAAUGUUAGAUUGCGACAAUGUUUAUACAAAAUCACCGGAGAAGCCGAUGUCUCCUGAUAAUAAACCGGUAAUAACCGGAGAAGAAAGUGUUGGUUCGUUAGAGAAUGAUACAAGUCCGGUUCAAUGUGGAAUCAAUAAACCGGGAUGGGGGAGAAGCGAUCGGAAAGAGAAACGGAAGAAAUCUGCGUCGAAGCCUCCACGACCGCCGCGCGGACCGUCGCUAGACGCAGCGGAUCAGAAACUUAUCAGAGAGAUCGCUGAAUUAGCGAUGUUGAAACGCGCGAGAGUCGAACGUAUGAGAGCUUUGAAGAAAUCAAGAGCGGCUAAAGCUGCGUCUGCGGCUUCUUCUUUAGGCAAUGUCUUGGCCACGCUUUUCACCGCUAUUUUCUUCUUUGUCCUUGUUUUUCAAGGAUUGUCACCGAGAGCAGCCGGUAGCUCCGGUAAAUCUCACUUAGUAGUCGCCGGAAAAGCCAGUGCUGGUUUUUUUCCGGUUCAAUAUGCGGGAAAUCCGUCUGCGAGCGAACCGGAUGGAGGUUAUACCGGGCCGGAAUUAGCACAGAGACCAAAUUUACUAAAACCGGUGUCCGGUUUGGAGAAUGAAAAGAAGAGUUCACAGUGAAGCGUAAACCAAAAGGUUAAGAAUUGGACAAUUCCAUACUGGUUUGAUCAAACCAUUUAUCGGUUUAGAUUGUCGGUGAGCCAUGUAUUUUCAUACCGAUAAAUUUUUUGGGAAAGAAAAAUCGGCUGCUUUCUCUGCGGCUGCUGUGAAACGAUAAUUAUCCGAUAUGGGUAAGAAUGUAGUUUUGUGUUAAUUUUUCUUGAAUAAACUGAGAUAAGUUAC